UCGAAGUACAGCGACGCCUUUGCUAUUUAAAAAAAAAAAUCGCGCGUUUCUGUAUUCAGAAAGAUAAUACAGUGUUGCUAGUUUAAGUGAAUGAAAUAUAAAAAAAGUUUUUGUUUUUAUUUAUUUCAAGGUGAAAUGUGAAGUGUGGCCAAUUUAUAAAUGAUUAGAAGUAACAAGCUGGGGCGCUGUGUUAGAGACAGAUUAGUUCCUGUGUUAUUUUAAGUCAUGGAUGACACUGAAAUUCGGGCGGGAAAAAAUGAAGCAGAGGAAGAGGGGACGGAGCUGGAACUGGAAGCUCUGUACAGAAGAUACUGCGUCAGAUUGAAGCACGCUCUGUUCGUGUCUGCUCUUUGCGUCACGUUGCUUUGCUGCGCUGCUCUACUCUGUGCAGUCUGCGUGCUUCAUGCUGAGGAGCUGUCAUCACAGGUGAAGGCGGUGUCUACGCUGUCGGUGACGGUGUGUGUGUUGGGCGCGGUGCUGGCACUAGCGCUGCUACCGGCCGCUGCGGAAUGCGAGGCGCUUGCGCUGGCCGGCUCGCUGCUCGUCACACUAUGCCUCGGCGCUGGCACGCUCAUGGCAACGCAUCAUGCGCCGUUGCCACUCUUCGCCCUCAUACUGAUGGUGCACACAAUGAUGCCUAUAGCACGACGUAUCGCGCUGGGCAUGUCGGCGUGUCUCAUAUUGGCGUAUAUGGGGGUCGCCAUUGGACUUGGCCCUGCCGGUCAAGAGGAUCAAUUUUAUCAACAGCUUACAUGUGAGCUGGCUCUCCUACUAUCAGCGAGUGGGAUAGGGCUGUACUACCGAGUGCUGACGGAGCGCGCUCACAGGAACACAUUCGCCGGCACUAGGACCUGUCUGGAGCAGCGCGUUAAGUUAGAGUGCGAGCGGGAGCAACAAGAGAGACUGCUGCUGUCAGUAAUUCCUGCCUACAUUGCCGCUGAGGUGAAGCGAUCGAUAAUGUUGAAGAUGGCGGACGCGUGCGCCGACACGUCGAAGCAAACGCGCUUCCACGAGAUGCACGUGCAGCGGCACAACAACGUCAGCAUUCUAUACGCGGACAUCGUCAACUUUACACCGCUCUCCGAACGACUCAGCGCCUCGGAUUUAGUCAAGACACUCAAUGAACUAUUCGGAAGAUUCGAUCAGAUCGCCCAGGAGAACCAAUGCAUGCGUAUCAAGAUCCUCGGAGACUGCUACUACUGCGUGUCGGGGCUGCCGGUGUCGCGGCCCAACCACGCCUACAAUUGCGUCAACAUGGGCCUACAGAUGAUUGACGCGAUACGUUUCGUUCGAGAGGCAACCGGUUUUAACGUGGACAUGCGCAUCGGGAUUCACACGGGCAACGUGCUGUGCGGCGUGCUGGGCCUCAGGAAAUGGCAGUUCGAUGUCUGGAGCGAUGACGUCACGCUCGCCAAUCACAUGGAGUCAGGCGGAAUUGCAGGGCGCGUUCACAUCACUAAAGCGACGAUGCUGCAGCUGGGAGGUAGAUUCGAGGUAGAGCCGGGCGAAGGAGCAGCGCGCGAGGGGUAUCUCGCUGACCACAAGGUGGAGACGUACCUCAUUGUACCUCCCAGGAAACCAUCAGGGAUAGCAGAGAACGGUCGUUUGUCCGUAUGCACAGUCGAUCGCAAGGGAAGCGUCGUCUCCUCGUUGUACCAGGACGUGUCUCCGACCAAGCCACGGGACAACAUAAGUCCAGCACCAUCGCAGCAUAGCUUUGUUGAACAGGAGACCACAAAAGUACUGAGGUCUGAGUCUCUACGAUAUCCUGGAGAAAUAAAUCGUAGAGCAUCAGUAAAAGUAGAAGGGCCCCGGACUGUUGCUUUUGAAAACAAUAAUACAACAAACACAGGAGACGGACUCAGCAAUGGUGCGGUAGUCAGCGCUAAACCGAAGAGUCGUAGUGGAUCAAUUAUUGGAGCUAUCAGUCCUAUCAUGGGCACAGACAGUGUGAUAAAUUUGCACCAAGAAAUGGAGGCAGCACGACCACCGCUAUUCCUUAGAAUGAUAAGUACAAUAUCAAUGGAAACACCGACGACUCCCGGUGUGCCAUCCCGCUCUCGUCCUUCCAGUAAGAUGACCAAAUACGUAGAAUGCUGGGGCGCAGACAAGCCGUUUGCGAACAUAACGGAUUCAACACUUGCGAAGAACAUUGGUAUAUCGAGUCUGGCGAUGAUCGAGCAAAAUUUGUUGCCGCAACGCACAUGUUGCGAAUGCGGCAGCAGUUCCGAGGGUAUGAGCCGUGCGACUCUGUGGUUCACACGUGGCGACCAGGAACGACAGUACCGCGACCAGAGCGACGACCAAUUCAAGUACAAUGUCGCCUGUGCCACCGCGCUCUUUGUGCUACUAGCGUUCAUACAGCUUCUCACUGUGCCCAAGAGCAUAGUAAUGUACGCUGCGUUCGGCCCUACCCUGCUCACUCUGUUGGUGUUCCUCUACUUGUCGUGGUGCGAUGGUCGUUUCGCAUUCUCUGACGUGCCCGAUGAUUAUGACAACUGCUAUAAGCCUGGACAGGUGGUGGCUAACAAUUGCUACAUCAGAUUCACAAUGUUUUUGGUGACUGUACUUUUAAUUGGUUCCUGCGCUGUCAUUAAUCUAUUUCAAACGUUCUUGGUGCAAGAAUUUCCCGAAGAAGUGUGGAGCACAAGCAACAGCACUGAUUCAGAAAAUAUCACUGGCGUUCCUCUGUUUGUUGACGUUGAUUCAGCUCCGACUUUUAUCUACAGUUCAGUGUUGACGCUGGCAUCAAUAUCAGUAUUUCUGCGCGUUGGCUUUGUACUCAAGCUGUUCCUGAUGAUCCUAACUCUUGUUUCUCACAUCUCACUCUUCGCUUCCGCAGAGCUAUUCAGUCAGUACCAAAAAGGGGAGAUAGAUACAGAGUUCUCAAUGCUACCGUAUUCCGCUAAGGCAGGCUUGGUGUUGGUAUUCCUUGCGGCGCUGCUGCACAUCCUCGACAGGCAGAUUGAGUUCACUUCGAGGACAGACUUCCUCUGGAAGGACAAGCUUAAGUUCGAACAAGAGGAAGUCGAGACUAUGAGAGGAAUUAAUAAGAUUUUGCUAGAGAACAUUUUGCCAGCGCACGUUGCUGAACAUUUCCUCACUUCGGUUGCAUCUGAGGAAGACCUGUACCACGAAAGGUACUCAAGUAUUGCGGUGAUGUUCGCGUCCAUUCCCAACUAUAAGGAGUUCUACGACGAGACCGACGUCAACAAGCAGGGCCUCGAGUGCCUUCGCCUUCUCAACGAAAUCAUAUGCGACUUUGAUAAGUUGCUGUUGAAACCAAAAUUCAGUUGCAUUGAAAAGAUUAAAACUAUAGGCAGUACCUACAUGAUUGCAUCAGGAUUGAGACCUGGCAAAGAAGAACAAUUGGAUGCGAAUAGAAAAGAAGAGCAUACGGUGGCAAUUCUUGUGGAGUUCGCAAUAGCUUUGAUGACAAUUUUAGACCAAAUUAAUCGUGAAUCAUUCCAGAGGUUCAAGCUUAGGAUAGGUUUGAACCACGGUCCUGUGAUAGCGGGUGUUGUUGGCGCGCAGAAGCCGCAGUACGACAUCUGGGGCAACACCGUCAACGUCGCCUCCCGCAUGGACUCCACGGGUCUUAUGGGCAGGAUACACGUCACCGAGGACACAGCCAAGGUCCUCAUGAACGUGGGUUACACAUGCGAGUGUAGAGGUCCAACCUUUGUCAAAGGAAAAGGCACUCUCACGACGUACUUCGUGAAGACACCAAACUUUGGUGGUGGAAUAUAAAUUAAUCUAGAUGUUUUGCUAGUU